GUUGUUGAAACGUUGUUAGCAUAAAUGAACUCAGCCAUUUUCUUGCUGACUUUUAAAGGAAAAAGACACAAUUGGCUAACUUUUGUUAUAUCUAGCAGAAAAACUGGGUUACAUAUUUAUUACAUAUUCGUUACUGCGGUAUUUAAUCGUUGGUUUUAUCCGAAUUUAGCGACCGUUAGCUGCGGGUCACGGGCGCGUGCCUUGGACGAAGGUAAGAAGACUUCUGCGCAUGUUAGCUUUAGCGUUAGCCGGGCUCAGGGUGUUCCUGUGGGGUAGACAGGGGGGCUUUCUUUGGUGGUGAUUUAAAGGAAUUAAGUUUUAUAGGUAAACUUUGUUUUGUCGGAAUAUUUUGGAGGGAUUCAGCCGUUUAGUUCGGAGAACUGAGUGUGCACAGCAGUUAUCUGCAGGUCUUAGCUAACAACGUUUAUUAAUUCUGACACAGGAGAAAGGGGUGUGUGCUGCGUUAGAGUUUGAUUUACGUGGACGGAGGAAUAAGAGCAAAUAACUGAAAAAUUUCAGGUUAAAUGCUACAAAUAAUAACUUUGAUAUACAGGGGUGUGUACUGAGAGACUGUAUAGGAUUCUUUAAACUGUAAUUGGCCGCUGUACGUGUCAGUCAUAGGUUCCAAACUCUGAUUGGCUACUUGCCUUGUCGGAGGCGGGGAGACGUAGCAGCCCAUCAAAUAUUGCAAGCUAACUCUUAUAUGCUGCUGAUUUGUCAGAAUAUUAAAGCUUUUUUUAAGCAGCUUGUUUGUAGCGAGACCUCAGGCCAGUCUAUUACAGACUGCAGCAGGGUGACGCAGCUCAAGGAAGAACAUUUAUGAUUAUUUCUUCAUUGAAAUGCAAUCAGACUGAGACAAUAAGGCAGAAGAACUACCAUGUCUGCAGUGUAAAAUGAUUAAUAUGAUUAUUAUUACUUAAAGCAAAUGAUAAAGAAAUGAUCAUAAAUGUUCUUCCUUGAGCUGCGUCACCCCGCAGCAGUCUGUAAUGGACUGGCCUGAGGUCUCAAACAAACAGACUGCUGCUGGAAGAGAGUAGGUGAGUUGUGUUUAGUCUCUUUGUUAAAGAAAUUAGUCAAAGCUAAAAAAAAGUUUGGUGGCUAGUAGGGCUGAAAUGAUUACUCGAGUAACUCGAGUAACUCGAUUAAUAAAAUUCCUCGAGGCAAAUUAUAUGCCUCGAGGAAUCGUUUAAAUCCGGAACCAUGUGCAGCGCACGGUGUUUGACACGGACGGUUAUUUCUGUUGCGCAGAAGCGUGCUCUUUCCGCUCCUUCCGCUGCCGCGCGUUUGGUUCAAUCAUGGAGGGAAACGAGGACAGACAGAAGCUGUGUCCGAAAUGGCAUACUGCCUGCUAUCUACUUACCUACUCAAGCAGUAGCUACUGCCUACUGACUACUCAAAGAUGAUUUGAGAAUGCCGCGGCUGCCCGAGCGUUUACACACAUACAUACUAAAUACCCCAGAAUGCAUUUCGUGCCGGCCGGACGCAGCGCCGGGAAAAUUUAAAUAGUCCUACCACAAGCUACAUAGAACGACUGCAUACCGGACAAAUUAUAUAAAUUCAUUCAAUAAUAAUAUUUUUUCUAGCGAGAAAGUAAGUGUUUACAUCACGAUUAUGAGCCCAGUUGUUUGAAAUAGUGGCUGUUUGUAAAUUUGUCUCGGCGUUUUCGGAGACCGAAGCGUCCACUUGGUCAGUGUUUGCGUCUAUUUACCGUAAACACCGGGCAGCAGCAGCUCCCCCUUCACGUUUCCAAAUUAUUGCGAAGUGUUUUCAUAAUCAACAUCUACACGACACAAACCGGGCGGCAGUGGAUGAAAAAAAUCACACAAACAUCCGUGUAUCCAUGGUGAUAAUGCUAUACACCACCUGCUAGGCGUGUGAUGAGCAGCAGAGGGCUGCAAAAUGACCAACACACAACAACAUGUAAAUAAAAAUGUAACACUUUUAUAUAUUGAAUAAAUGUACAUUUGCUUGUCAAAUUAUGUUAGUAUCCAAGAAUUAUAUUAUUUCAGCCUAUUAAUUAAACAAGUAAAAUUAGAUCCAAAGCCUGGAAAUAGUUGUGACUGGUUUAGUGAAAACUGCAAAGAUCAUUACCAUAGCAAUUAAAAGACCAUCUGCAGACCUUGCCUUCAGUAGUUUCAUGUGAACUACAUGGUAAAAUGUAAAACUUUUGGUUCCUGAUUUAUGCAGUAAAAAUAUUCAUUUGAAAGACCUGGCCUAUUUCAGUUUUGUGUGUUACUGAUGGUUUUUAAUGAGGCAAACGUGAUUCAAUGCAAAGUAUUACAGUGAAAGCAAAACAUUUCUUAUCCGAUUACUCGAUUAAUCGACAGAUUAAUCGAUAGAGUACUCGAUUACUAAAAUAAUCGAUAGCUGCAGCCCUAGUGGCUAGUACUAUGACUGGGACCCUAUAUGUACUGUUGAUGAAGUUAGAUGCUGUUCUGAGUAUUAUUUGUGGCUAUAGAGUGGCGUUUUGCAGUCGUUACUAAAGUUGGUAUAACUAGAGAAGCAAGCGGUCGGCAACAUUCAUCUCUCGAUGGGGUGUCUAACUCGGUGUUACGAGUUGUUUGUUUUUGUAUUGUACUAACCUUCAACCCUGUUCGUUGUCAAUUAUUGUUCAAAGUCAGCUGUUUCAGAUGAUACCCUGUGCAGGUUAAAUUCUCUGCUGUUAAAUAUUGAGUUCAUAGGAGCAAAGUGCACCAGCUGGGUGUAACUUUGUGCUCCUCUCAAAGCUGAAAAUUACAGCUGGGAGUAUAAACAGGAAAAAGGACUGUCAUUAAGCCAGUACAUAAAAUGUCAGGACGGCUUCUUUACAAGAUAAGUGAUAAAAGUGUGAAAGAUGUGAGGGUGCUCAGUCGUGGUCAGAUACCACUCAGAUACAGAGCUGGUUUGAAUUUCCUGAAGAGUCCUCCUGUCCUCACCCUGCAGGAGAAGAUCGCUCUCAGGUUUUCUGUAAAUGAAGCUGUCAGCUCUGAGCUGUCAGUGCUAUGUGAAAGGAGGGGAGACGACGACUCUCUUUAAAUACUUCUGUGACCGAACUGCUUUUUUAUGACGAUUCAUGAACAGGCCUCCCAGAUUCCCUGUUUCCAGCUUUUGUUUAUGUUGGUGUUUAGUUUUGUUUUGGGCACAGCUAUGAGCUUUCGUGGGCUUUGUGAACUCUAUUUAGUUUGAGCCAGAGUGGGUCGUUGCAAGAGAUUUGAUGAACUUCGUUUUAAGCCUGCUGGUGCACUCAUUCCUAAUAUUUUGAACAUAACAGGACUUCAAAAUUAGUUAAAAUUAAAUGAAUACUCAGUGCCAACAGAAGGCACACUUAUUCAACUCUUUGCCUUGCUAACAGUUUGGUAAAUUACAGUCUAAUCUGUAUAAGAUCUUUAACAUAUCAUGGUGAUUAUCUCAAACAGCAGUCUUCUUUCUUUACAGGUUAACAAAAUGUCGAGACCACGUUCUCGGUCGCCACACUACAGGUAAAGACAUCCCGGUUUUUUAAUUUUCACAUCUAUAUUUGUUGAUAUGCUUUUGUGUGUUUUGUAACUAAUGAAAUGUGGACGCUUUUUAAUACCACGUCUGACAUAUCUCUUUCACAAUGUUUACUUUCUCAGGAGGUUUCCGUGGGAGGAACCUGGCUUUGAUCCGUACAAAGUCGUAGCAGAACUGGACGGGGAACAGAUGGAUCCGAGACAACACCACCGCCACCACCACCAUCCCAGAGAAGCUCCUGAAGAACGCUGGAAGUAUACCAGGGAGGACAUGCACCCAGAGGACCAUAGAAGAUCCCCCUCCUUCCGAGAUGAUCGACAGUUUGGGCAUCACCAUCAUCCGAACCAGGAGGAGUUUUAUCACAGGAGGCCAUCACCCCAUCAUGAUGUAUCACAGUAUGAAAACAGGAGGCUUUCCCCAUCACAUGGCGGAGGAGAUGUAGAUAGACGUGUCGGAGGGUUUAGAGAAGCAUACCCAAACUACGACAACAGGGGAAGGUCACCGCACUCACCUCUAAGGCUGAAGAGAGAAAGAUUGCCGCCGACUCCAAGGUCAGGCGUAGACCACCAAGAGAGAGAGCCAGGGAUGGGCUGGAGAAGAGGAGGGCAGGGCAGAGGCCGAGGGAGGUUCAGAGACCUCAGUCCCAGUGAGAGUUCAGAUGACCAAAGAGGAGGAGCAGGUAGGGAAAGAGGAAGGAGGAACACUCAGGGUUUUAACCGAGACAAACACUGGGAGGAUUCACAUCAACAGAGGAACCCUCAGUUUAAAAGGCAAAGAAGAGAAAUGGAGGACAACGAUCAGCCGGGGUAAAUUGCACUGCACUGUCACAGUGAAAUAACGGAAAUGAAGAAAGCUGAAACGAUUCUCGUCCCUUUUUUUUGGUCACCUGUAGCGCAAAUUUCUUCCCCGAUUGGUCAAAAAUUAAUUUGCGUUAUCCGAAACAAAGCACGUUGCAUGGUUAAAAAUUUUCCCGCAUUUCAUAUUCUUUCAGUCCCUGAAAUUCCUGCUUUGUGUGUUACAAACGCGUUUAAGUUGUAGGUCUAAAUGAAGUAUUUGUUCAUCUCGCUGUGUAAAAUGCUGAAUCAGACAUUUUUUCUAAAGGAGGCCUAUUUUGUUAAUCUUCAUUUUUCAGUAUGUCAGACUUCACAUGAUUUACAAAACUCUUAAUUUAUUUUACACUGGCAUCUAUAAAAAACACUCAUUUCUGUAUUAUUUGACAAAUUCCUGCACAUUUUGGAGUUAGCUUCCCUGUAUCUGCUGUUUUAAAAAUAUUAAAUACAAAUCAGCUAAAUAGGUCUCCUUAAAGCACUUCAGUGUAAGUUUUGAACCAGAUGUAAAGACAUGAGUUGCAUGAAUGAUUGUUGAACCGUGUCACUUCCUCUUAUGCUGUCACAGGUACAGGAAUGAGGAGCACUUUGGGGAACAGCGUUACCCAAUGAACUCGCCCAGAAAUAGGUUUCAAGGAGAGCCGCAGGGAAGCCUCCCUCAUGGAGAUAAACGGCUCUCGGGACCAGUCGUUAUCGAACACGAUCACGGCAUCUCGGACAGAAGACAGCCGUCACACUGGGAACAUUUCAACACGCGUGGAGAUCACGACUCGGACUUUGAUCGCCAGAGGAGUCCACGUCCAGUGAGCUCCUCUCAGGAGCGGUCGAGGAUGUCGGAAAGGUUGGAAAGUCGAGUGGACACCAGACCACAUAAUUUUCAAGUUGAUUGGAGGAAUUCUGACUACAAUGAAAGUAGGAGGGCCCCCGAAAAAAGACCAAGCCCCAUGAGUUAUGGCGCUCGAGAUAGUCCCAUGAAACACAGGGGGAGGGGCGGUUUCCGCCCAGCAAGAGGGCGUGCAAAUCGUGGUCAAUUUGGAAAAACUGGACCUCCCAGAAAUCAGUUCCAUUUACACCAGUCUUCCCAGGGAUACAAAGAUUACCCAGAGAAAGAUUUAAGACCUGGGUACCAACCUGUCAGAGACGAUUAUGAGGACCCCGUCGAAGCAGAGCCCAACUGGGUGGAAGAAGACAGAGUUCAAGUAUGGAAGCAGGAGAGACCUCGAAGUUUGGACCGAAACCCACCGGUUGUUGACUUGGACCCUAAAAUGCCCCGUCAGCGUUUACGUGAAUGGAAAGAUCAGAAAAUGAAUAAUUCGACUGCCGUAUCGGAGGAAACGCUAACCAUCAAAGUGGACAUGAGCCAGCCCGUUCACAAAAACAGGUAGAGUAUUUUUUUCACAAAUUACCAAGGGUGAGAGGUGAAAGUUCACACUUCUCUUUUGAUGCUCAUGAAAAGCUGCAGAAAGAGAAGAAAACGCUCAGCGGAUGGAAGCGGCUUUGCUGACAAUCAUUUUUAUUUAUCGGGAAAAACUGCUCAAGAUCUGGACCUCUGCCUCAUGUGUGUCCUCUCUACAAGCCGCUGCUGACUCAACAUCUACCGUGUGUACCAGCUGAUGCAUCAUGUGACCAAGAUGUGUCGAAGAAUGGGAACUUUGUGAUCCAAACAUGAAGUCGUCCUUGUUCGAUAAGUCAUGGGACCACAUCGAGAAGAAGUAAGUGCUGCUUUUACUAAAGUACUUCUGCUGAAGAAAAACAAACCUCAGUGGGAGUAUUCAUGUACCGAGGAGCCAUGAGGUAUCAUCCUGCAUGUCCCCUCGUCAUAAAUCAAUUCGUCAUCACCUGAAAAUCCAGCUGCUCCACAUUCUUCUCAAAAGAGAGGAGAAACUCACCACCUGGAAACUCGUCUGAGGAUAAACUAUUUCUGUGGAGUUACUUUGCUGUGGAAACACUGAUGAAACGGAUCUGUGGAUAUGAAACAAAACCUGCUUAAGCAGAAGUGCGACUUACGGCACAGAUGGAUCAACAUGAAGUCACGAGGAUUAUUUGGACGUAUUGGAGUCAAAGGGAACAGCCUGGAAACACAGUGGGGGUGUUUCAGAGUAUAUUUAGGAGACAUAAUACUGGAGAGAAUGUACGACUUAGUCUGAAUUUAACCACCAGCUGUUCAACGUGCAGAUUUGUCAACAAUGCUAAAUGCUGUGAGAGGAUUGGUUGGAGAAGUUGGACCCUCAUGACGGUAACGUGGAUAUUUCUUCUCUCAAAGAAAGUCAAGAACGUCUGAACCAGACAUGGAUUCUUCAUUGUUUCCUUUGAAUGGAUGUUGCCGGUAUCGUCACUCUAUUAAGUGAGAUCAUAUCAGGGCGAAGACCUGUCUGGAGACAUCUGAAACUAUCUUCAACUACACUAAAUAAAACUGCACAUACACAGGACCUCCUCUCCAGAUGAAUACUCCAAACCUUGCCUCUGGGUGGGCUGAUAUCUGACAGUUUGGGGUUUUGGAUUUUCUUUGCGAAGUUUCCCUCGACAUUUGUGAUGUUACACCGAGAAAGAUCAACUGGAGGCUGCCGAAACCAAGAGAGAAAGCAUCUGCUUUGUGGUCCUUGUUCAGGAGGGAAGCCAAACAAUUCACGGGGAUAGUGCUCAGUGGAAACUGAGAUUCGCAUUCUUUUACGACCAAGAAACAUCAAUUUCAUGGAGAGAAUAUGUCACCAAAAUUAAGGAAUCUGUGGCCCAAAGAAGAAAAUACAGGCUGACCAAUGAAGAGAGAAAUCAAGAUGAGUGCACUUCUUGGAUUGGCAGGCGAUUGGUGCGUGUGUCAGAUAUAAACUGGAGCUGAAAAUACAGAGAAGACUUCUUUCCCCUACUGUGAUGGAGGAGGAGGAGACGAAGACUCCAACUAUGGCCUGAACAUGUUAUCAAGCCUCGUAUAGAUAAGUCGGGAGUGCUUGUGUUCACGGUCCUCGCCUUAUAAGGCCAAACACUCACAGAGGAGUGGGAUGUCUUUCAGGAAGAGGAUUCAAACUAUUCUCCACUGUGGUAUCAUCCAAGUUAUUAAACAACCAGAGGACAGUGUUCAGGUCUGACUGGCUACAGGAAUGGAUGGAUGAAGAGGAACAUCAUCUAUGAGCUACUGUGUGAAUGAAAAUAAACAUCAAUUCUGUCUCAAAGAGAAACAAUAAUUGUAUUGGGAGAAAUAAAGAUGAGGAACAUAAGAGGAGUAAAAAAAAGUGGAGGUUGUUGGCAUGGUAAUAAACUGAGACACUACAGUCUCAGAGAAGAAGAAAUCAAAGCCACCUGAAAUAAAAUGAAGAAACUGAACAGAAAUAUUGAUGCCACUGAAAAAAUGGAGCCUUGAGUAACAGCAAAGUGUGGAUGAAGGAGAAGUUACAACAUCAGAAGUGGAGAAGAAGAAAUAAUCCCAGUAACAGAAGGAGUGAAAUAGAUGAAGUAGAAAGAGAAGGAUAUGAAGCCUCAAAUGUCAUUUAAAUGGAAAAAUAGUCCGCCAAAUCAAGCUGCAAGAGGAAGUAUAAGGUGGUGCAGUAUCACAGGAAGAAACAGAGACUGCAGGAUCUGAACAGAACCUCAUAAAGAAGGAACUGAGGCCUCGGAUUUUACACAAAAAGAGAGCGAGACUGAAGCAGAAGAAACGAGAAGACUGAUCAGCCGUUUCAGACCAAGAGUGGACAAAACGGCGACGAAAAACUCCAGAAUCAUCGACCGAACAAGAACAUAAGAUGGUUUGAGUCCAAUUCAGCAGCUGAAACAUGUCUGAUGACCUGAGAAUCCAAGUCCAGACUAAACGGAUCAAAUAUGAGAAGAAGUGUGAACUUUCACCUGACCUUUAACCUUUGAGUAUCUGAUCUCUUUGGCACUGAGCGUAACCCUUUACAUAAUGUUCUAAAGAAACAGUAUCUGUGCAUUUCAUGGGGAGCAUCCCUUUAUUAGUGAGAAUACAGGAUGUGAUUUUGUUUGUUAACGUUGUCAGUGGUGGGACUCGAGAGGUAAGUGCAGGUGAAGGUAAACCUGUUUUUAUUCCACUUCUUUUACCGGCAGAAGAGCUUUUUUAAUUCAAAGACAUUCAGUUAGUAAAAUGUAAAAUACAUGCUAAACUGAGUUUGUUUUCUGCCUCACAGCAAAGCAUGAAAAAGUCUUUUUAUUGAUUUAUUUAUUUAGAUAAAGUCCUUUUCUCCUCGUCUUCUAAUAUCAGGUUGAGACUCACCUUAAAAGACGCCAGUUUUUCCGCCGCUCUGAUGUAAUUUCUCACCUCCUCUGUCCUCCCUCAGCCCGCUGUGUUACUCCUCGGACAGACAGCUCUCUCUAGACCUGGUCAACGUCGGCCGUCAGCGUCUGGACUUCCUGCCGAUGCUGGAGCACUCUGGGACGUACAGAGAGACAGCGGUGCACACUGGGACUUUUGCCCAGGAAAUCAUCACGCUGGUGCACAGUGUCAAAGGUCAGCGCUGCGAACACAUGAAUCUGGAGUUUUAAACCUUGAAAUGAGAUUUAUCGAGCUGCGUAUGAGCCGCAAGUAUCAGGACAUAUCAGGGUUUGAAAGUGUCCCUGUUUGCCUUCACAGAGCAGUAUUUCAGAACCGAUGGGCUCACCCUGAACGAGCGUUUCUCAGCUCCUCAGAAAGGCGGCUUCCCUGAAGAGGAGACGGAGGAGCUGACGCUGGACGAGAGAUUCAGUUCAAACCGGUCAGAGUCAUGGUUAUUCUCAGGCGUAAACAAUAACACAGGCAUCCAUCUGCUGCUCAUAAUCCUGUCGAAAACAUCACGAAAUAAGAGAAGAGAGAACUAUUUUUUAGACUAUUUAGACCAUUCAAUGUGAGAGUUUGAAGCACUGGAGUGAUUUUUGAUUCCUGCCUCAGAUCCUGAAGUUUGAGUACAGUUGUUCAAUGACUUACUGACUUAUUCAAGAUGCGUAAUAACUUUAUUCUUCUGGUUUUCAGAGGUUUCAGUCUAAACGUGAACUCGCUGCUCGACGAUGAUGAGCCUCUCUUCUCCAGACUGGGAUCUCUACCGGUAAGUAAACAAACUUUUCCUCUGCUCCCAGAACUUUUUUGUCUGAACAGAUUUUAAGAUUUGUCCUUAUCGCUCGUGUUCACACAGCCAGCACGAGGCCCUGGAGAUCUGAGACACGACCUGGAGAGGAGGAGGCAGGAGAGGCUGGAGGGGGUCAAAGUCACGAUAAUAGGGAGCAACUCAUCACAGCGCCCCCAAGGCCCAGUCAGGUGAGAUUACACUCGUUUUAUUCUCCCCUUUAUGGUUUCAAACUUCCCAGUGAUUUGGGGUGAAUCCACAAUAAGAGCGGGGAAGAAAAUAAGAGUCACAUCGAGGUUUGACCAAAUGAAUUUAUGUUUUAAGAACAUAAAUAUAGACGUCCAUUCCUUCACGAUCAGUCUUUAUUUCAUUUAUCUUAAAAUAUCUGGAUUGGUUUAGUUUGUUUUAAAGAUUAUCACCACCAAUUUUCACCGGAAACAGUACGGAAACUGAAUGGAAAGAAGCCAGUGGAAAUUGACUUAUUAACUUGAAUGGUUACGAUCAGCUGCGAUCAGCGGAUACGACCUUUUCGUAGCAGUUUCAGAUUCGUUCUUGUUUCUUUCAGUGAGUCGGGUCAAGAGUACAGCGACCAGGAAGACUCGGCUCAGAUGGAGGACGAAGAGUUCUGUAACUGGAACGAUGAGCCGGACAGGAGGCGAGAAGGAAACAUGGUGAGUUUUCAAGUUUGGACUCUUGACCUUUCAGUCAUGGGAUUUAUAAACAGGAGACAGUAAGGAGAGGUGAAAGUCUGUGACAUUUAUCAUCCAGCAGCGACCAAGAAGAGGCGCCCCCUACAGACAGAACACAGGCUAUCAGCGCAGGAACAAUCGCUUCGGUAACCGUCUUGGACCAAUAAGGCGACAGAACUUCCGCAACAACCCAGCAGGUAAACGAAAACCGGCUGAAUUAAAGCAGCUGCUAAAUAUAUCACGUCAUUUCAACUUCUUAAAAACACACCUGUAUUCACUGCGUCUCUAAACCGUAGUUUAGGAAGACUGUGAUGGUGGAUUAUUCUGUCGAUUAUUCUGACAAUUACCAGACUGAUCCACUAAGAAAGUGUUUUUCAGAACAUGUAUUUCUGUGGUUUAUCUCUUGAAGUCCCUUAAACAUUAAAUUUUUGGAGUUCCAGUUUUUCCAGAACUGCAGUGUAUGAGUCUGUUUAUAACUUGACUUUACUGCCCCCUGGUGGACAAGAAGAAAAGUUUUUUUUUAAUUUUUUUUUUUUUAGGGUGGUAAAAAAAGCUCCAAAAUUAACAUACUCCACGGGGAAUAAACUAAGACACCAGUGUGUGGUUUUAACUAAUCAGAUCCUAAAGAAAUAAAAAUAAGAAUAUUAGAGUUUAAGAAUAAUCUAACUUGUUUCUAAAGGAAUAACUUUUCAGUUUUUUUCCAUUUAUUUAUCAAACAUUUUAUUCAUUGAGUGAUUUAGGAUUUUGGUUUUAGUGGAAAAUAAUAAAAACACUCAAACUCUUACUUUUAAACGUGAUCGUCAAACUGGCAAACAUCCCAAAAAUGACAGUAGAAGCAGAUCCUUGUGAUAAGACCUGAAUUUAGAUGUUGUUCGUCUGAUUUUAAGGCUGAAGGGGAAAUCUGUUUAUCUACUCUUACUAAAAAAGAGGGAUCAUACAGAGCCGACUCACUUUGUUUUUGUGGUUUAAUGCUGAGAAAUGUUCAAAUACGGCGUCAAAUUGAGGGAGAAAAGCCUCUCCUGGCUGUCGGCUCAGUCCCGUCCUUCCCUCAGAGACUAUCCGGGGCUCAGGGUGACAUAUUUAGACAGAUUUUUCUCACGUUGAACUCUCUUUGCUCCCGUUGUGUAACAGCCCUCCUGCUCUUCACAGCAGGAAAGCUUUGGAUGAGUCUGUAGGAGGAGAGGAAUGUUUCCUCUCACCUGCUGUUGUUGAUGUUUUAAGCUUCCUUGCUUCCUCUCCUUCCUCCUUUUUGCCUUCUGUUUCUCCCUUCUCAUCCUUCAUAUCUGCUUUUAUUGUUUCUUCUCUGACCUCGACUCUCUCUCUCUCUCUUGUUCGCAGGUCCUAGCUGGUAAUCGGACCCUGAAGGUACCACCUUUGGAUCGCUGCUCUUUCUUUGACGGUUUUUAAUAAAUAAAGUAAAAAACAGACACUUUAAAAGGAAGCAUUUCUCGUCCUGAGAGAGUGACGGUUUUACCGAAGCACCUCCUCUGUGCUUCCAUCUUUGUUUGUUUGUCUCUCUCUGUAACUAACGUCGACUGUAACACCCCCUAAGUGUUACGUUUGUGACCAGGACUUUGACACGUGUCGCUGAAAAUGAAGAGUUUGAUCAUCUUCACCAAACAUUGACUGAAUCCUCCAAGCUGUCUCUGCGUGUGAAUCUCACAUGUGGGAGGCGCCAUCAGUAACUGUGCAGAUAUUGAAGUUGACUUUUUUUUGUUGCUGUUUUAGUUUUUCACUCUCUUCCAUUCAGCAUGUUCAGUUCAGUUCAGUUUGUCCCCCUUCUUUCUGUUUAGAGACAUGAUGGUGCUGCAAAAUAAAUAAAAGACUCAAUAAUUCAGUUUCA